CAACCGCUCUCACCCCCUUCUCUUCCUUCCUUCCUUCCUCCUUUUCUUGCUCCCUCGCUCCUCUCCGCUCCCUUUUUCCCUGGCACGUUCCUCUUUACUCUCUGAGUUAACUGAGCGCUGGGCAGCUACCCCCCCCCCCUCCAACAUUUUCACCCUCUCCCCAGCCCCCAUUACCAAGAAUGGAGUCAGGAUUUUCGGAGAGACCAAACUCCCCUCUUAGCAUCUUUUCCGUCCUCUGUUGCUAAACUGGCCUCAGAGGACGAGGGGGGAGGGAAUUCCGACCCCCUUCACACUACAACCCCAACCACCUCCACUUCAAAGCCGGAUUUUACAUCCUGGGGUCGGGACAGACCUCGUCCCGGGCUGAAUUCUCUUUCUACUGUUCGAGGUUGGCAUAUUCAGAAUGAAGAAGAUGAGCAACAUUUAUGAGUCGGCUGCCAACACACUGGGAAUCUUUAACAGUCCCUGCCUGACCAAAGUUGAGCUGCGUGUGGCGUGCAAAGGCAUUUCUGACAGAGAUGCCCUUUCCAAACCAGACCCCUGUGUCAUCCUCAAAAUGCAGUCCCACGGGCAGUGGUUUGAGGUUGACAGAACAGAGGUGAUUCGCACCUGCAUAAACCCAGUGUACUCAAAACUGUUUACUGUGGACUUUUACUUUGAAGAGGUGCAGCGCCUGCGGUUUGAAGUCCACGACAUUAGCAGCAACCACAAUGGGCUGAAGGAGGCCGACUUCCUUGGAGGCAUGGAGUGCACACUUGGCCAGAUUGUUUCCCAGAGAAAGCUGUCCAAAUCCUUGCUGAAGCAUGGGAACACAGCAGGAAAAUCCUCCAUCACGGUGAUUGCUGAAGAAUUAUCUGGCAAUGACGACUAUGUUGAACUUGCAUUCAAUGCACGGAAAUUGGAUGACAAGGAUUUCUUCAGUAAAUCUGACCCAUUUCUGGAAAUUUUUCGUAUGAAUGAUGAUGCAACUCAGCAGCUCGUGCAUCGAACUGAGGUUGUGAUGAAUAACUUAAGCCCAGCCUGGAAAUCAUUCAAAGUAUCAGUAAAUUCUCUAUGCAGUGGAGACCCAGAUCGCCGGCUGAAGUGCAUAGUAUGGGACUGGGACUCCAAUGGCAAACAUGACUUCAUUGGAGAAUUCACCUCGACAUUCAAGGAGAUGAGAGGAGCAUUGGAAGGAAAACAGGUGCAGUGGGAGUGCAUCAACCCCAAAUACAAAGCCAAGAAGAAGAAUUACAAAAACUCAGGCAUUGUGAUUCUGAAUCAGUGCAAGAUCCACAAGAUGCAUUCUUUCUUGGACUAUAUCAUGGGUGGCUGCCAAAUCCAGUUUACAGUAGCUAUAGAUUUCACUGCCUCAAACGGGGACCCCAGGAACAGCUGUUCCCUGCACUACAUCCACCCUUACCAACCCAACGAGUACCUAAAGGCCUUGGUGGCUGUGGGGGAGAUUUGCCAAGACUAUGACAGUGACAAAAUGUUCCCAGCCUUUGGCUUUGGUGCCAGGAUACCUCCAGAGUACACGGUCUCUCAUGACUUUGCAAUCAACUUUAAUGAAGACAACCCGGAAUGUGCAGGAAUUCAAGGAGUUGUGGAAGCCUAUCAGAGCUGUCUUCCUAAGCUGCAACUCUACGGGCCCACCAACAUUGCCCCCAUCAUUCAGAAGGUCGCCAAGUCCGCAUCAGAGGAGACUAACACCAAGGAGGCCUCGCAAUACUUCAUCCUGCUGAUCCUGACAGACGGCGUCAUUACAGACAUGGCCGACACCCGGGAGGCCAUCGUCCACGCCUCCCACCUCCCCAUGUCGGUCAUCAUCGUGGGAGUAGGGAACGCCGACUUCAGUGACAUGCAGAUGCUAGACGGUGAUGACGGGAUUCUGAGGUCACCCAAGGGAGAGCCUGUCCUUCGAGACAUUGUCCAGUUCGUGCCCUUCAGGAACUUCAAACACGCAUCUCCAGCUGCCCUGGCAAAAAGUGUGUUGGCUGAAGUCCCAAACCAAGUCGUGGACUAUUACAAUGGCAAAGGGAUUAAACCCAAAUGUUCUUCAGAAAUGUACGAGUCUUCCAGGACACUAGCACCAUGAACUCCACACACUUUUACAGAGUUCUGAAAUACUAUUCCUGCUAAUAUUUAAUACUUCUACUAUUGCUGUACUUAAAGAAAAACACAUACACAUUUAAAAAUAGCACGUUUUGGUGAUUUUUAACUAACUGACAAUUUUUUUUGCAUGUGUAGCCCCAAGGCCUGGAUCUGUUAAGCUGUUGUAUUGUUAAAGACUUUUUACAAAAAAAAAAAAAACAUAAAUAACUUACUCUUUACAUUACAGCAUGUCACCUUGAAAUAAAAUGGUAUCUGUAUCCAUUUUUUUAUACAGG